AUAUUUAAGGGAAGUUAGAGUGAACGUGUGUGUGGAAAAAUAUCAAAAAAUGCACAACUUGUGGAUUGUGUUUUUGACAGCCAUCUUCUUGUCCACCAUAAUUCUUCUCUACAGAAACAGAUCUAGAAUCAGAUCAUCACCAAGCUCAUCACUUCCUCUAGGAACUCUUGGAUGGCCUCUUAUCGGCGAAACCCUAGAGUUCAUCUCUUGUGCCUACUCAGACCGCCCUGAGAGCUUCAUGGAGCGGCGGCGUCGCAUGUAUGGAAAGGUGUUCAAGUCUCACAUAUUUGGGAGCCCAACAAUAGUUUCCAUUGAUGCAGAAGUGAGUAGAUUUGUGUUGCAGAGUGAUUCAAAGGCCUUUGUGCCAUCUUACCCUAAAUCUCUCACUGAGCUGAUGGGGCAGUCCUCCAUUUUGCUCAUCAAUGGAAGCUUGCAGAGGAGAGUCCAUGGACUGAUUGGAGCCUUCUUCAAAUCCCCACAUCUCAAAGCUCAAAUCACUCAAGAAAUGGAGAGUUAUAUUCAGAAAUCAAUGGGGUCUUGGAGAGAUGAUCACCCCAUUUUCAUCCAGGAUGAAGCAAAAAAUAUUGCUUUUCAAGUCCUAGUGAAGGCACUGAUCAGUUUGAAUCCAGGUGAAGAAAUGGAGUUUCUAAGAAAACAGUUCCAGGAAUUCAUCUCAGGCCUCAUGUCCUUGCCUGUAAACAUACCCGGAACAAGGCUUUACAGAUCUUUACAGGCCAAGAAGAAAAUGGUUCAAUUAGUAGGAAAAAUCAUCCAAGAAAGGAGAAAUAUCAACCAACCCUCCAAGGUCCCCAAAGAUGUUCUGGAUGUUCUCCUCAAUGACUCAAGCCAACUACUGACCGAUACCCUCAUAUCCGAUAAUAUGAUCGAUCUGAUGAUUCCUGGAGAGGAUUCAGUACCAGUUCUCGUGACUCUCGCGAUCAAAUACCUCUCCGAUUGCCCUGCAGCCCUCCAACAACUGACGGAGGAGAACAUGAGACUGAAGAGACUAAAAGCCGAGCGGGGAGAGACGAUGACUUGGAGCGAUUACUUAUCGCUACCAUUCACGCAGACGGUGAUCACAGAAACACUAAGGUUGGGAAACGUUAUUAUAGGGGUGAUGAGGAAGGCCAUGAAGGAUGUGGAGAUAAAGGGACAUAGGAUACCAAAAGGAUGGUGCGUUUUCGCAUAUUUUCGGUCUGUCCAUCUUGAUGAAAGCCAGUAUGACUGGCCUUAUCAGUUCAACCCAUGGAGGUGGCAAGACAAAAAUAUUAGCAGUUGUAGCUUCACUCCUUUUGGUGGUGGACAAAGGCUGUGUCCAGGGCUUGACUUGGCCAGGCUGGAGGCUUCAAUCUUCCUCCACCACUUUGUUACUCAAUUCAGGUGGGUGGCUGAGGAUGAUUCAAUUGUCAACUUCCCCACAGUAAGAAUGAAGAGAAGGAUGCCUGUUUGGGUCAAAAGGAGAAGAGACUACUCUUGAAGGCUUGAACUGCCCUUGCUAGAAGAACCUUUUUUUAGGGCACAUUUUUACAAUGACGACAAAAAAAGAGAAAAAAAAAAAAAAAAACCCCACCUAAUUGAAGAGAUGAAAGCAAAAAAUGAACACCCUUUUGGGGGCAUCACAAGCUGACACAAUUAUCCUACUUCAUAGGUACUCCACAUAAAGACAAUAGAGAUAAAUAUACUUUCUUUCCAUGGGGACCCAUGAAUUAUCCCUUGAAUUAUAUACAUUUUUUGUGGGACCCAUGAAUUAUCCCUUGAAUUCUCCAUGAUUCUUCUUUGCCUCCCUUCUUUUACCAAUGUGUGUACAAAAUGUAAUAAGGGGGUUACUAUAUAUCCAGGAGAGGUAGGGGGGCCAUAGGCAAUGAUCAAUGUUCAUGGGUGAUUUUUGGGUCCCAAUAGAAAAUGCCAUUUGGGACCCAAUAGAAAAUGCCAUUUGGGAAAGGUAAAUUGUGUGGUAACCCAAUUGAAUCAAGCCCUUUUAGUUCUUGAAAAGGGUUGGUUGGGAGAUGGUGGAAUCCACAAGGCUGUCCACCAUAGAUGAGUAGUAUUGAUGCUAACUUCAAAGUAUUUGUGGGGACUCAUUGUGGGUUGUUCAUGUACAUUCUUGUUUUUUGAAUCAACAAGAUUGGAUUCGAUUC